GAACCACUGGUGUACCACACUGUCUUAUGUUUUGCAUGAGGUAUCUUUCAUAAUACUGAUAAAUGUAAAGUCUAAUUUACGAAAAAAUUGAAGUCAGCUAUUUUUGCAUCAAUUUGCUUUUACGUUCUGUAUGAUUAACAAGAAGCAUCCUAAAAAUGCCGAAGGGAAAAUCAAAGAAGUUUAUUGAGAAGAAAAAUUCAGUAACAUUUCAUUUAGUUCAUCGUUCACAAAAGGAUCCAUUAAUUGCUGAUGAAACAGCACCACAACGCGUACUUGUACCAGUUGGGGAUGCACAAGCUCCUAAGUUAGAUAAGAAAAAUGUAGAUAUUUCUAAGCGCAAAGAAGAGCAACAAAAAUACGGCAUAUAUUUUGAUGAUGACUAUAACUAUCUGCAACAUCUGAAGGAUGUUAAUUCUUUGACAACUGAAUGGGAACGUGUAGAUGCUCCAAAUGUUUCAAAAACAAGUGACAAGAAAGAUACUCCAAAAAUUAAUUUACCAUCUUCUGUGUUUGCUUCAAAUGUAGAAGAAAAAGUUGGACUUCUUAACAAAGCAGCUCCUACAUCUGGAUUGAGAUUAGACUUGGAUCCAGAUGUGGUAGCAGCAUUGGAUGAUGAUUUUGAUUUUGAUGAUCCAGAGAAUGAAUUAGAAGAUAAUUUUAUAGAAUUAGCUGAAAAUGGUGAUAGUGAGUCAACAGAUAAUGAGUAUGAUGAAGAGUCAGAUGUUUCAUCUGAAGGACAUAUGAAAUUAUCUGAUGAAGAACAAGAUGAAGUACACAGUUUAAAUGGACCUCAGUACACUUUUAGAGAUGAAGAAACAAAAUCCCGUUUUACAGAGUAUUCAAUCAGUAGUAGUGUCAUAAGAAGAAAUGAACAAUUGGCUCUUCUUGAUGAUAAAUUUGAGAGGAUGUAUGCAGCAUAUGAUGACAAUGAAAUUGGUUCAUUAGAAUGUGAUGAAAUUGAAGGUUACGUAGAACCAGAUUCAGAUUUAGUCCUUCAGUGUGCAGCAGAAUUUGAAAAACAAGAAAACGGAGAUGCUGAGAAUGUUGCACAACUUAUGCAAGAGAGGAUGAAGAUUUUAGAAAAAGAAUAUUCCACCUCUGAUGAUGAAAAUGGUUUAGAACAACUUGUUGUUGAUGCAAGACAGAAAGAUCAAUGGGAUUGUGAAAGCAUUAUUAGUACAUACAGCAACAUAUAUAAUCAUCCGAAAUUAAUUUCGGAACCUAAGCAUCUAGAAAAAAUCAAAGUCAAUCCAAGAACUGGAAUUCCAAAAAACGUUUUAGAUGGAGCCUCUGGAAAAUUGACUACUAAAAGUUUAGCUCAGUUUAAUCAACAAAAUCAAAGUUGUAAACCAAUUGGACCGCGAUCUAUCGCGGAAACAAUGAAAUCGACUUUAAGCACAUUAAGUGUCAGACCAAAAGGAGAAACGCCUGAAGAAAGGAAGGAUAGAAAAAAAUCACUGAAGGAAUACAGAAAAGAAAGGAGAAUGGAACGAAAAGCAAAUACCGGAGCAUUUAAGGAAGAAAAGAAACGCCAAGAAAAAAUUCUAUUGAACAACAGACAAAACAUACAAGGAAAUCGUAUACUUUAAUGUAUAAAUUUCUUUAUACUCCUCUUCUGUAAAUUAAAUAAUCCACAAUUAUUUACAUGUAUAUUAAACGUAUUUAAUAUAACUUUCCAACGGUUUC